AUGGCACCUUCAACUGAGAAACGUCACCUUCGAUGGCCGACAAAGACAAAGAGAGGGUUUGCAGGAACAGUGCCGGACUGGACUAUUGCCGAGGACGACGAUGACAAGUACGACGUUCACAUCAUGAAAAGUCGCUCCGCUAGGCAUAAAGUCCGUCGAGACAUUGCCAAAACCUCAGCUUUAGAGUCCGAGCUCUAUGUUUCCAUCCUAGAAGAGUAUCCCACUGCCACUGCCACUCCCACUGCCUCGCAACCUUACUCCAGUAUAUCCAGUACGCCCACAGCCAUCAAAUACGAGAGUGAGAGUGGAAGCGGAAGUGAUAGCAGUGAUGAUGAAAGUGGAAGUGACGACGAGAACGAGGAGAGCGAUGAUGAAAAGGAGAGCGACCCAGAACCAACCGGAAAGAAGGAAUCUGUCAGCGAUCAAGACCUAGAAGUAAAAUUGCCCGCAACAGCAACAGAUUCACCGAGCGUCCAGGCUCCAUCAGCCGAGGGUAGCACAGACGGAAGCAUGAUUUCUGGAGGCGACGGAAUUCACUCAAAUGUUCAUAAAAUCCUAUUGGGUGUAGGAUCAGUCGGUGCCUUCCUUCUCCUCCUCGGAGUUGGGUUCCUUGCCUGGAAGUUCUACUCCAAGAAGAAUACCUCAAAGAAGCCUCCUCCUGUCGACGACAUGUCUUUCGAGAAACCUAACCGCUUCGAGGGCCUUGUCUCCAAAAUACCUUUUGUGGGAUCACGUCUCGGACACAAAGACUGGUACACCAUCGAAGAUCCAUCGCCUCCUUACUCUUCACAAGUCGGCAAUGAAAAGACACGGCAUUUCUCUUCCACGCAGUCGCCCUCCCCUGCAUACGCACCUUCAUCUCUCCCUUCACCCUUCGAAAUAUCUUCAUCUAUCCCCAAGCAGUCCAACACUCAUCUUGCUGUGCCCACUAAGCCAUGGGGCGCCUACAGAAUGAGCGGCAGAACGGAGCAAACAAACUACGACAUUGAUGCUGUGAGCCCUACAAGCACAUCCUUUGUCGAGAACGCUGUCGAAGUUCAGGUCGUUGCCCGUCAAGUUCCCAGAGAAGGUCUUAGCCCACCUUACAAGCCGCAACACAACCGCUUCCCUUCCGACGCGCCAUAUGCUUACGGUGCUUCAAGACGUCAAACCGGCGUCAGUGAACUAUCAUCUAUCUCUUCCGGCUUCGGCGAUGGCGACAUCGUCGUUACACCCGACUACCAGACCAUCCAGAGCGUUCCCACAAUGCCAACUCCUUCUCGCCAACCCACAUGGAAGACUUCAACAAACACAUUCAGCCGCCGCGAUACUGUGUCCACAGUAGCUUCGGUGGAAGGCCGACCAAGAUUCCGCUCAGUGAAUUCGUGGGUGAAGCAGCAGAAUGGACAACUGCGACGGGCCCAAAGACAACAAGAGCAAAGUGACGCUCCUCCAGUCCCUGCUCUCGCUCCCCCUCCUGAGCAGGACUUCAGAUACAUGCUUCCAGAUGACGAGAGACCACGCCCUGUAGAGAUGGUCUGA